AUGGGUGUUUUUCGUGUUACAAUAUACGGCAUUAUGGCUGGUGUUUUCUUGUAUGCGCUUGGUUAUGAUAUCAUUUAUAUGCCACGAAUUGGAUAUACCUGGUGGAUUUACAAAUUAGUUAUGCUAACAAUGAUUGAUUUGGUUUUACAAACAGUAUAUUAUGCAAUGUGCUUCAUAUGUGCAUUGAUGGAUACAUUGCGUGAAACAACCGAGUAUGGACCACAUAAAAAGCAUCCGACAACGCCAAGUUACUGGCGUAAUUCGAAACUUCAUCGAAUUUCUGAUUUCAUGUACUUUACUAGUGUCUUACCUGUUGGUGCUAUAACCUGUUUACUUUUUUGGUCUUUAUAUGCUUUGGAACCAACAUUAGUAAUACCAAAAUGGGCGGAAGAGUUAAUUCCACCUUUUAUGAAUCAUAUCACUCAUACUGCACCAUUACCAUUCAUUCUUGUUGAUACACUUUUAACUUGUCAUCGAGCACCUUCACGAAAGAUUGGUAGUAUUAUCAUUAUUGCAUUGGUUAUCUUCUACUUUUCUAUCAUUUUUGGAGUGCGUUAUUUUGAUGGUUAUUGGCUUUAUCCAUUUAUGGAAUAUUUAUCAGUGAUAGCAUUUACCAUAAUGUUUUUUAUAUCCAUCAUAUUCUUAUGGCUUAUAUAUAUUCUUGGUGAUACGAUGAAUGUUAUGCUUUGGGGCGGCGCGACACAUUCCGAACCAGUAGAGAAGGCAAAAUAG